AAGAAAAGGGAAAGAAUGUAUCUUGGACCUACCUAUGUGUUUCUAUCCGUUUAUCUGAAUCAUCAUUUAACUACAAGCUGCUCGAUCUUAACCAUGACUUUAUCACCGGUUCAUUCGGAGACCAAGACACAAACUCCAUCCGUAUCGAUAAGCUCCAACAACUGCCAAGUCCAUGGACAGUCCGAGACCCCUCAUCUCGACAGACUUCUCCAAAACCGCCCCAAAGCCGAGCUCCAAGUUCUCGCCGACGCCGUUGACAGCCUAACGCACGGUGAUCAAUGUGCCAAAUGCGCCGUCCAAGCCGCAGUCACAAUCGUGACCGGCUUUCUUCAAGAAUUAUACACGGCUAAAAAGACCGGGAAAAUCUCCAAGGAGGACAAGAAAGCCCUCAAAUCGGAAGUCAAGGGAUUGGCGAAAGGGAUAAAGGGGGAUGUCAAGGCUCGGAAGAAAGAGAUCAAGGGCCAGUGAAUUGCAUCUCCGGCUGCACCUCUGAUGUAAUAACAGGGUUUACGCUAGUUCAGAAAUAUUCAUGACAUAUCCCUCGGAG